AUAGUGUAACUUUCAAAUUUCGGUCACCCUGGCUUGGAACAUUCGAAUAUUGGCUCUUUUAAAAUGGUGUUACAAACACAACCCCGGCUUAAACUUGGAAUAUUAAAUCGGUGGACACAUCUAGCAAUCAAUCGCUAUGCUAGCAAAAGUGGUGCUAAGAUCGACAAGGAUUUGCUGAAGGACAUGGAGGAGAGCUACAAGAAGCUGGUCGAUUCCAAGUCCAAGUCGCUGCUGAAGAAGCAUCUCACCAAGCAGAUCUUCGACAAGCUGAAGACCCAGACGACGCCGACGUUCAACUCCACACUGAUGCACUGCAUCAGUUCGGGACUGUGCAACCAUGACUCCGGCGUGGGUCUCUACGCUCCAGAUGCGGAGGCAUACAAGGUGUUCGCCGAUCUUUUCGAUCCCGUCAUCGAGGAGUACCACAAAGGCUUCAAGAAGACGGACAAGCAGCCCAAGCCCUGUUUCGGUCAGGGCAAGGACUUCGAAAACCUGGAUCCCGCCGGCAACUUCAUCGUAUCGACGCGGGUCCGGUGCGGAAGAGCCGUCAAAGGGUACCCCUUCAAUCCCUGCCUGAGGGAACGUGAUUACCUGGAGCUGGAGAGCAAGCUUUGCAAGGCACUAAUGACGCUCACCUGCGAACACAGGGGCACCUACAUGCCACUCACUGGAAUGGACGAAGCGGUCCAGAAGCAGCUCAUCGACGACCACUUUCUGUUCAAGCAGGGCGAUCGGUUUUUGGCGGCCGCAGGAGCCUCUCGUUUUUGGCCAACCGGCAGGGGCAUCUUCCUGAACGAGCCCAAGGACUUCAUGGUCUGGUGCAACGAGGAGGACCACAUUCGCGUCAUCGCGAUGGAGAAGGGUGGCGAUCUGGGCAGGGUCUACAAUCGCAUGGUUGCCGGCGUGGAUGCCCUGGGCAAGGAGAUCGAGUUCACCAGGGACGACCGGCUUGGCUAUCUGACCUUCUGUCCCACCAACCUGGGCACCUCCAUUCGCGCCUCGGUGCAUAUUAAGCUGCCCAAUCUCAUGGACCAGCCGGAUGAGUUGCAGAAGCUGGCCAAGGAGUACCAUCUCCAGAUCCGCGGCACUUCGGGGGAGCAUUCGGAGGCCAAGGACGGGGUGCACGACAUAUCCAACCAGCGAAGGAUUGGACUCACCGAGUACGAGAUCAUCAAGGAAAUGCAUGACGGGAUUAAGGGCCUCAUUGAAGCCGAAUGCAAGGCAAAGAAAGCUUAGAUUGAAUGUUUGGAAUGCACAUUAUCUUUUAGGUUCUAAAUUUAACCAGUACAAAAAAUCAAUCCAGACUUACCUAUCUUCACAAAAUUAUAUUGUUCAAAGCAAUAGUAAUACUUUACCUGCAAUAAAUUAAUUUUUUAUAAAACUUUCUUAAAAAAA